AUGAAAGCGAGGAAUGGCCUCACAAGAUUUUUUAACUGUUAUAUUCUUCGUGAAAGUCGCAUUAUUAAAGAAGAACUGUGGAUAAGAGAUGGUAAGAUCGUAAAUCCAGAAGAAGUGUUCUACGUUGAAAAAGUGGAGCCAGAUGUCUCCUUGGACUGCGAUGGCCUACUUAUUGCCCCCGGGUUCAUUGAUAUUCAGAUAAAUGGUGGAUGGGGAGUGGACUUCUCAUAUGAUUCAGAAAAUGUUGAAGAAGGCAUACAAAAAGUAGCAAAAGAGUUAUUAACUCAUGGAGUGACCUCUUUCUGCCCCACAAUGGUGACAUCAGAUAAGGAGAAGUACUCAAAAAUUCUUCCCAAAAUUCAGAAAAAGCAAGGAAGUAAACACGGUGCUACUAUUCUUGGUGUUCAUUUAGAAGGUCCAUUCAUAUGCUUGGCUAGGAAAGGGGCACACACACCAGAGUUGAUUAAAAACCCUAUUAAGGGAAUAGAUUCUCUCCUAGAAAUGUAUGGUUCAUUGGAAAAUGUGGUAAUAGUUACCCUAGCUCCGGAACUACCAGGUGCUGUAGAGGCCAUAAAAAGCUUAUCACAGAGAGGCAUAAAAGUAGCUUUAGGUCAUUCAGAAGCAAGCCUCGCACAAGCUGAAGAAGGAGUUAGACAGGGAGCUAACUUAAUAACACACUUGUUUAAUGCCAUGCUUCCGUUUCACCAUCGUGACCCAGGGCUGGUAGGACUUUUAGCCUCUACCACAGAUAAACAAGUAUACUAUGGAAUUAUAUCUGAUGGUAUCCAUACUCAUCCGGCAGCAUUAAGGAUAGCAUGUAGAACAAAUCGAGAAGGCCUAAUUUUGAUAAGUGACGCCGUUGCCGCCCAAGGAUUACCAGAUGGCGCGUAUCGUAUCGGACCACAAGCGGUGUCAGUAGAAAAUGGAUGGGCUUACAUCGCUGGGACGAAAACUUUGUGUGGAAGCACAAUGGCUUUAGAUCGAUGUGUUAAAACCUUUAAAGAAGCGACAGAAUGCUGUUUAGAAUACGCCUUGGAAACUGCAUCGCUACAUCCUGCCAGAGCCUUAGGUAUUGACAACAUAAAAGGCAAAUUGGACUACGGCUAUGAUGCAGAUUUCGUAUUUUUACAUCCUAAAACACUCGAGGUGCAGUCUAGUUGGAUAGCUGGAGAAAAGGAUAUGUGCUCUCAGCGGUCUGAACAAAACGAUUGUCUGAUAAGUGAUGGUGACCAUGAAAUAGCAGACAGAAGCAGUUGGAAUAAUGGUUUCAGAGCCCGAGGCCUCGUGCUGGUGUCGCUGGCACCCCGCAACUUGCGCCGACGGCGAGCCGCCGUAAAGGCAAAACAACUACAUCUAAUAAUAAAAUUUUAA